AAAAAUUUAGUUUUUAAGAAAAUAAAUCUUCCCGAAUUUAGAAUCCAUUUGAAAAAAUUCAUCAAUUACCUUUUUAUUGUACAAAAACUACGCUCCGUUUUUAUAUAUAUAAAGGACCAUCGGACAAGUAGAAUAAGUAGGAAUCCAAUUUUCAAACUCAUACAAUACAUAAUUAUGUCACUUCAACAAAAAUUCAAUCUUGUUAUUAUAUCAAUUAUCUUCAUUACAUUUUUCACAUUUUCACACAAUAUCAAUGCGUUUCCAAUAAAUGAUGUAAAAGAGGAUAAUUAUUCACCAACAGAAGAUAUAUUUGAUUUUUUAUUUGCCACCUCUAUUCCAGCUGCAGCAUUAUUACUUUAUUAUAAAUUUAAAGAUUAUAGACAAUUUCAAAUUAUAAUUGGAAUAACGGAUGAUUUAUUAGCAUUAUUCACAAAUUUCGUAAUUCCUUCCAUCUCAUUAAAGAUAAAUCCUAAACAUAAUAAAUGUAUCAUGAAAGAUGAUAUUAACAGCUCUCUAAUAGCUGCUAUUAUAUAUUAUGGUAUUUGUUUUUCAUAUCGAGCUAUAAUAAUUAAGCAAGCAUCAUUUAAAAAUGUCAAAUUAGAAUAUACUUUCAUUUUAAUUGGUGCGAUUAUAAUAUAUUAUUGGCAAGUAACCGCAAAGAUAUUUUGUUUAUUCAAAUAUAAAUGUUUAGAUUAUUGGUAUUUAAUUAACGCCCUUUAUUUCAUAUUAACAAUUUUUGGAAUAAUUAUGUCGUUAAAUCUUUUAUAUUAUGAAAAAUUUCUUAAAUCAUUUAGAUGGGUAUUAUUAAGUCUUUACCUUUUCAACUUAUUUUAUAUUUGUUUAUUUUACGCUUUCAUAAAUACUAUUGGACCUUAUAUUACAAAACUUAUUCUAUUUUGCGUAACAUAUAGUUUGGCUCGUUUAGCAAUGAAUUUUGAACCUGAAGAUGAUGAUUUGGCUGGAGAUGAAACUUCUGAAGGGAAGAAUGUUGGAAUAUUUGAAAUUUUAAAAAGAUGGAAAUCUAACUGGAAUUCUAUAGGUACAAAAGAAAAUAUAAUUGAAAAGACAAAUUUUGUGAGAAAUGUAAUAAAUGGAAUGAUAAUUAGAAUAAGUGAUUUAAAAGAAGAGAUAAAUGAAAAUUUUGGUACAACAAUAGAUGAUAUAAUAAUUGAUGAUGUUGAUGAUAAAAUAAAUGAAAAUAAUGUUGAAGUAGAAUUAAAUGAUAUAGAAAUUAAAGUGAAAGAUAUUAAAAAGAAUAUAUUACAAGUUAUAGAAAAAGAAAUUUUUAAAAUAAAAUUUGAGAAUAAUAAAGAACAAUUAAAUAAAUUAAAUGAGAUAAAAUCUAAAAUGAGAAAUAUAAAAGAUGAUAUGGAUUAUGUUCAAAAUAUAUUUAAUAAGAUUAAAAAAAAGGAAUAUUUUAGCGUUGCUAUUUAUUUAUUUUCUAGAAGAGAUGGUUCAUUUCUUGAAGUUAAAGGAAGGAAAAAGAAAAGAAUUAUAACAUUUAGACAUUUAAGAAUUAAUUAG